CGCAAAUUGGGAGGCGCUCGUUGCAGGUAUGUCUUUCAGCGCAAGGUAAUCAGCAGUAACACUGGAAGCGGCUAAGGAUGUCGUGGAUACACCUGGGUUCUACGGCAGUGUCGACAUGAUGCACAACCUGCACUGUCUUAACACCAUUCGACAGCAGUUUGACCCGGAUUACUAUGAGCAGCAUCUACAAGCUGCUAUGAAGCAUGCACAUAGGAUGAAGAUGAGAAUGCAUGUCGACCACUGCAUCGACCAGCUUAGGCAGGCAAUUCUUUGUCAUGCCGACUUGACACCGGUAACAUUGCGACCUGUCCUCCUGAAUGAUCCUUCGGCCGACCUAGUUGGGGAGACAGAGCGCGUGCACACCUGUCGGAACUGGAAGGCGAUUCGGAAAUGGAUCACCGAGCGAGGCCAAAAGGAGGGUUUCUUGCCGCCGAAGCAUCAUUCACAUUCGGAACCGGAUGAUCACCGGGAUUCUCGUGUAGACUAAAACCGGGCCGCGGUGGCGGGGGCUUUGAGGGCGACUUCUCUUAGUUUGAUUCGUAUUGGAGUCGCCGGGCCAUUCUAAAGAUUGGUUCAUUUCUUGUCGGGAUGUUCUGCAUUUUCUUCUUUUCUUAAAUUGCGGUAUAGCGGUCUUAGAAUAGGGAUUUAGCUUCACCUCGAAGCUGGGUGGCUACGAAGCAGUAAGUGGCGUCGCUAUGCACACGAGGGCAAUCGAAGGCUAGGCUCGACGUAGUGUAUCAAAAAACUAUCAAGCAAUCAGCGUAGAUUUGACGACGGGGACUCGAGCAUUGAAGAGGCAGUUCGAAUUGUCUGUUGCGGAGUUCGGUGCGACAACUGGGGUUUCCGAUGAAAUUGGUAGUGAUAUUCGCUUUUGCUAAGAAGAAACUUCCGAACCUAGUGAGUCUUGGUGAAAUAUAAGAGUGCGG